UCUCUGAAUCACAAGAUAAUUAAUCUCUCAACUACCAUGUCUUCUCUUGUUUAUUUUUUUCUCUCUCUUUAUUAUUUUCAUGCAUGCACUGGUCGACCACUUGCAGUUUUUGAUCAAGAAAAUAGCAGUCAAAUUCAGCUUUCUGGAAAGGAUGUGAAGACUUUUUAUGGUGCAAAUUCUAUGAAGCUAAAUAAUCAGAAGGCAUACUUAGUUAAGGAAGGUGAAGACAUCAAAGGUAACGAAGUUAAGAUGUCAUAUUUUGGGAAGAUUUUUGAGGACACUGCAGAAAAAAUGGAACGUGAGAGAGAAGAACGGUCCACAUUGGAGUCUCCCUUGAAGAAAGCCAAGAAAAAUGCAAUAUCAAAGGAAAGUGACACUAUAGAGGAUAUAGUGGUGAUGGACUACGCAAAACCACAUCGUAAACCACCUAUUCAUAACAAAGAACCCUAGAUUAGUGAUGUUAAACCUUAAUUUCUCCACCGUUUGGUAUUUGGGUAAGAUUUUGAAUCUUUUAUUUUUCUUGAUAAAUUAAAGGGUAAUAAAGAAGAAUCACAGCUGAGCAAGCUAGGGUGAUUUGAUCUUAGAUAUAAUUAUUGAUAAAGAAUUUGACUUUUAUUAAGUCGUACAAGAAAAAAAAUAUGGAAAAAAGUGCUAAUAGAAUUAUAGAAAUUCCCGUGGAAAUAUCUAUUCCAGCAAUUAUAUUAUUGUGUUUCUUCAAUGUUUAAAACAAGUUGCAGCUGGUAUGAAUGUGAUGAAUUGGUGGAGGAUCAAUGGUCCCUAUUUAUAUGUAUGGUGUUUUUUUCCUGUAAUAAAUGUGCUGCGAAUAAAGAAAUAUACAAACGUGA